AUGGCUGCAGGAAGAGUAUCAGUUCCAUCACGACUCAUAGUCCUUGUAACAGUUCUUGGCUUGUACUGUGGAACUUUCAGUGCCAAGGAUGAUGAUCAUCAUAGAUGUGAACCUUCAUCGUGUGGCGAAAUCCAAAACAUAAGCUACCCUUUUCGACUGAAACAUGAUCCAGAGAAGUGCGGUGACAAAAUGCAUGAACUGUCUUGUGAGAAUAAUAUAACAGUGUUAUACUUGUAUUCGGGGAAAUACUAUGUCCAGGCAAUCAAUUAUAAUAACUACACCAUCCGAGUUGUGGAUGCCAAUGUUGAUGAGGGUAACUGCUCCUCAAUCCCUCGGGAUUCUUUGACGGGCUAUAACUACCAUCGCCAGGAUCCGUAUAGCUUUGAGGUUAGGAAACUUCAUAAGCGUGAAAUUUCAUGGAGCUUCUCUUUUCAAAAUUCAGAUCAAAUUGAACUGUCAAAGCCUAUAAUUUUCAUUACCUGUAAAACCCCGGUGAACUCACCUCUGUAUGUGGAGACUGCUCCUUGUACUGAUGCUAUUAGUAGUCCCAGUUCUGCUCUGCCCCAUUCCCAAGGGCAUUCUUUUGUUAUGGUUGGUCAUGUUAAUGCCUCAGAUUUGAGGGAGUUGUGCCGCGUUGAGCUUAUGGUUAGGACAUCCUGGCCGGGUACAAAGGGCACGAACCUUUCCUACAUAGACAUCCACAAUGAACUGGUCUAUGGGUUUGAACUUUCAUGGUUGCAGAGCUAUGAUAGAGGUCGAAAAGGGAGUAUUUGCUACGUCAACAAUGAUACCAACAAAGUCGAUUGUGCUUAUGAUUGUAGUUAUGGUUGGUCACAACCGAACCACUGUGGUAUUUUCUAUUUCUACAGUCAACCCCUUGCAAUAUUGUUGUUUGCGACAAGAACUGCAGUCGGAGUUCCAUGUGUGAUUGUGCUUCUUAUCUAUAAGUUGAAAAGGCGGCACUUAUCAAUGUAUAGCCCCAUAGAAGAAUUCUUGCAAAGUCAAAACAACCUCAUGCCAAUAAGGUACUCCUACUCGGAUGUCAAGAAAAUGACCAAAGGAUUGAAGGACAAAUUGGGUGAAGGAGGUUAUGGCUCUGUCUAUAGAGGAAAGCUUCGAAGUGGCCGUCUUGUAGCAGUUAAAAUUCUUGGUAAGUCCAAAGCUAAUGGGCAAGAUUUUAUCAAUGAAGUUGCUACAAUUGGAAGGAUUCAUCAUGUAAAUGUGGUGCAACUAAUUGGCUAUUGUGUUGAGGGAUCAAAGCGUGCUCUUGUAUACGAGUUCAUGUCAAAUGGGUCUCUUGAUAAACACAUAUUUUCUAAAGAAGGACCCUCAUCCUUAAAUUUCAAGAAAUCAUUUGAAAUUUCACGUGGAGUUGCUCGUGGUAUUGACUAUCUUCAUCAAGGAUGUGAGAUGCAAAUUUUUCAUUUUGAUAUCAAGCCUCACAACAUUCUUCUUAAUGAAAAUUUUGUUCCAAAGAUUUCUGACUUUGGGCUCGCAAGAUUAUGUCCAUUAGAUGAGAGCAGUAUAACUUUGACUGCAGCAAGAGGAACCACUGGAUACAUAGCUCCAGAAUUGUUUUACAAAAACAUAGGAAGCAUAUCAAACAAAGCUGACAUUUAUAGUUUCGGAAUGCUAUUGAUGGAAAUAGCAGGCAAAAGAAAGAACCUGAAUGCAGUUGCAGCUCAUUCAAGCCAAAUAUACUUUCCUUCAUGGGUUUAUGACCAAUUCAGUGAAGGAAAGGGCAUAGAAAUAGAAGAUGCCACUGAGGAGGAAAUGAAAAUAACAAAGAAGAUGCUUAUAGCUGCAUUAUGGUGUAUACAAAUGAAGCCUACCGAGCGUCCUAAUUCGAUGAGCAAAGUAGUAGAGAUGCUUGAAGGAGAGAUUGAAUCCCUUCAAAUGCCUCCAAAGCCUUUCCUAUAUCCACAAGAUAAACCUGUGGUGGAUGAUGAAGACAAUUCAGAGACAACAUGGUCAUCAACACAAUCAAACAAUGAUGCUGAAGAGUCAGCAAGUUCAAUUCAAAACGUUAAUGAAAUAAUGUAG